AUGCACAGCCUGAUCUCUUGGAGACAUGCCGUACCCACGGACACUUCAGUGCUCCUGUUCAGCUCGUCGUCCCUCCGCGAUCUUGAGGUGGCCGUCUCGCGUCUUGGCACCCAGUCCGGCAUGACGAUCAACUCCUUUGUCCUAGCUGGGCCUCCCAAUUUGAACCCCAUGUUUAUGGCAGUGAGCGAAGCUGCCCCGCUCCUCCAUCGCCCCACGCUUUCUGGAAGACAAGGCCCUGGUCCGGCGAUCGUACCGCAUAUCGUCAAGCUCACCCAUGUGUGCGAGCUGCUCCUCUACAACCAACCGAUAAUAAUCAAUCCAGAGCAGAUGAGCAUGCUCCUUGAGAAUCUCUGCGACCUGGAGAGCCUCCACGCGUUUGUUGUCGACUUCUCCAACCCUGCAUCUCAGGUGUAUGCCCCCUCUCUGCGGAGUCUCCGCCUCAAAGGCGAAUCUCCUGACCUACAAGGCGUGCUAUCCGGAUACCUGAAUGUGCCUCACCUCCGCAGUGUCAUUUUACAGGCGUCGGACGAGCAUUACACCCAGAAGAGCCACAACAUCUUUCAUCUCAUCACACAAGCGAGCUUCGCGCUGGCAUCCUCAUUGCGCGCGAUCAGCAUCACCCAAAUGGAUGAUCCCAUCGACGUCGUCUGGAAUGAUUCCCACAAAGACGUCGACCUCUGCCUUGCGAACGCCCUCAUGCCGUUCGCAGACGCCGACGUGGAAGCAAUUGCGAAGGCCUGGAAACGCGUGCAGAAGCUCCACAUAGCCUACGCCCCCUUUCGCGCGCACACUCACCCCCCGCUCACGUCCCUCCGGCACUUCGCUGACCACUGCCCGGAGCCAGUGCAGUUGAGCAUGACGGAGCUUGCAAUAUUCGACACGCUCGGCUUCCCCGUUGUGCCGCGUGAGGGCGCGCCCCCGUUAAGGUUUCUGGACCUGAAGAUACCUUUGAACCUGGUUUUGAAUGACGGGGAGAUCAAUGUGGUAGGGCUGAAGCAACUGCCAGCGAUGUUCACAUGGGAGGCUGCCGAGAAGAAGGCUGAGGUUCUUGAGAUCGCGGAAGGCCUCUGUGUGCGGAAGGAGGUCAAAGACACCAAACUCGGAAGCCGAACGGUCCCGACAGGAAACUACGAACAAGCUCGUCAUACCUAUGUAGCGAACCGCCCUGGUUCUUCGGCACCUGCUAUGCCUGCACGGGAUAGCGACUUGAUCAUUGAACCGUCGCAGUAUGGCGAUGAUAGGAGGUCCUCUAUUAUGGUCGAACUAUUCUCAAGUGGCCGUGGCUUUGCUACCAGCAGUCGCGAGGGCCCGCUUCGCACGGAUCCUGUCAACCUUCCCUCCAAAUACGCAGAGCUACGUGCAGAGGCCCAAACUCGCCGACACAACGAGGCUCAACGUGAUCUCAUGGAGCUACCGCAGUCGGAAUGCAAAUGCGAUACGGGAACAACAUCGCCACAGUACGACACAGAGGAUGUGAUGAGCGAGUCUACACCCCCUGACGCCCCGCCCGCCUAUUCUAUGUGA